CAGUAUGUCUCGCUAGUUAAAAUACACACAGCACAUAAUGUAAAACAGCACACAGUUAACCCUUUGAUCCCCCCAGAUGUUAACCCCUUCCUGCCCAGUGCCAUUAGUACAGUGCAGGGGCGGACUGACAACUCAUGGGGUCCCCGGGCAAUAGGGGAUCAUGGGGCCCCCUGUGUCCUUGCCCAAACUCAAAAAAGCCUAUGAAAAAGGUACCAGGGGCAUCUCAUGGGCCCCCCUACUGACCCCGGGCCCUCGGGAGGUGCCCGAGUUUCCAAAUGGUCAGUCCGCCCCUGCCUAUGUGUCAAU